AUGCUCGGACAAGCCUUCUUCGUCCUGGCACUCGCGGCUCUGGCUCAGGCCGGAGCUAUCGUCACCAACCAUUGCCCAUACACGGUCUACAUCUGGUCUGUACCCCAGUGGCUCAGCAGCUCACUCACCGAAAACGUCCCUCUCAAGCCUAAUGGUCAGUACCGAGAACCAUGGCACUUUGGGUCCCCCCUCAAUCCUGGUGUUGCCAUCAAGAUCUCCGACAAGUUCGAAGGCAUCAACAGGGGCGCCAACGAGAUCGACUUCGCCUACACGAUCGACCUGAACAACCUCUACGAUAUCUGGAUCAACCUGGACCCGGUUCGAGGUAACCCAUUCCAUGACAAACUCGCACUGCACAGCUGUCACCGAACCUUUUACGGCUCCGCGCAGGUAAACUCGCAUCCGUGCACCCCUAAAGACAACAUUGAGCUUGUCCUAUGCGAUACGUCCGAUCGCAAAACUGUAUUGAAAGAUUCCAAGUCUCUUGCCGAUAUCAAGUCGUGCUACGACUACCAAUAUUUUGGCCUUACAACACACGGUGCAGACAGCGUUGAAGGUCACACGGGCGACCUUCCAAAUCAUGUGGCAGAGGAUACCGAAUCCGACUCCGGAUCUGACACGGACGGUUCCGAAUCGCGGGAGCUCCAUACCAUGAAGUUCACGUAUACCAUGGGCAUGACCGCUGAGUUCUCCGAUGAACCGACCCCCGGUUUCAUACCGGCGCCGUCCACAUCGGUCUAUUACCCGGCAAGACGUCGCGUCCCUGCAGCUCGCAACACUCCAGACGAUGUUGAGCCAACACGCGUACCAACCCCACAUCACUCAGUAAACCCAACACUGUGCAACAUCGUCCGGAGGUAUCACACUGGAGUCGACGAUUGCGAUGAAUCGGCACUAGAGUCAUAUGCUCGUGCCAUAUACCCCACAGUCUGCGACCCCGUGAAUGCUUCACUCCUGAUGGGCUUCCCAUGCAAGGAGGUUAUGGAGGAGAUGAAGAAAGUCUAUCCAGCCAUCGAUGCCCCGGUGAUUUCCUCAUGCGAAUGCGAACCGGACUGCGAAUUCUGCGGACACUUCAACGGCACUUGCUACUGCGCAGGCGCUAUCGUGGCGCCGAUGCACGCUGGCAUCGAACCUCUCCCGACGGAUUUCGAAUCUUUCCCCUUCACUCCUGAGGAUCAAAGGAUCUGCCUGUAUUCUUUGUGCGACCCAGAGAUCCCUGGAGUCAGCUGCAAUGACGCAGCCGACCUGCUUCACGCCAUUCUAACGCUCAACAACGAGAGUUACGAAGAAUGGGUCUCCGAGGUCCGGCCUCAUACCUGCGAUGCUUACUCUGUUUUCAAGAUGGCUACAGGUCAGCUGGCAAUCUGCAUUGCUGAUCUUUGUGCGCACCACCCAGAAUCGUGCGACAACAUCCAGGCUCUUCUCACUUCAGGUACCAAGGCUAAGUUGGGCUUGGACGUCUUCUUCAUCAAGCACCGCGCUGUCUGCGACCAGGUCCUCGAUGAGAGUACCUGA